GCGGCCGGGAGGGAGCCGGAAGUUCGGUGGGCUCCGGGCGUCGAGAUGGAGGAGUGCGAGUAUGAGUCUGUUCUCUGUGUCAAGCCCGAGGUCCACGUCUACCGAAUCCCGCCGCGGGCCACCAACCGUGGCUACAGGGCUGCGGAGUGGCAGCUGGACCAGCCAUCGUGGAGUGGCCGCCUGCGGAUCACUGCGAAAGGGCAGAUCGCCUACAUCAAGCUGGAGGACAGAACCUCAGGGGAGCUCUUUGCUCAGGCACCAGUGGAUCAGUUUCCUGGCACUGCUGUGGAGAGCGUGACAGAUUCCAGCAGAUACUUCGUUAUCCGCAUCGAAGACGGAAAUGGACGACGAGCAUUUAUUGGAGUUGGCUUCGGGGACCGAGGGGAUGCCUUUGACUUCAAUGUUGCAUUGCAGGACCAUUUCAAGUGGGUGAAACAGCAGUGUGAAUUUGCAAAACAAGCCCAGAAUCCAGACCAAGGCCCCAAAUUGGAUCUGGGCUUCAAGGAGGGCCAGACCAUCAAGAUCAACAUUGCAAACAUGAAGAAGAAGGAAGGAGCAGCGGGGACUCCCCGAGCCCGGCCCGCCAGCACAGGAGGACUGAGCUUGCUUCCUCCUCCUCCAGGGGGGAAAUCUUCCACCCUGAUCCCUCCCCCCGGGGAGCAGUUUUCUGUGGGGGGCUCCCUAGCCCAGCCAGCAGUUGCUCCCAGUUCAGGAGGUGCCACCAUGUCCUGGCUGCAGCCCAAGCCUGCCACUACUGCUACCACCGACAUCUGGGGAGAUUUUACCAAAUCCACAGGGUCGACUUCCAGCCAGACUCCGCCAGGCACAGGCUGGGUCCAGUUCUGACCUGAGCACUACUGUCUCUCCUCAUAUUUCUGGGAAGGAGCCGCCUCAUCUGGGCCAAAGGAAGGAGCACGAAGCACUCCCCAGCUGGCCUCUGUUUGGAGCAUGACUCUCUCCUUCCUCCUUGCUUGGCUUCCUUGACAGACUGGGCAUGUUAGGAGUAAACUGGCACCUUGACACACUGUCACACUGGUUGGUCCCUGGGAUUCAAGAAUACAACCAGAACACGGGAGAAGAAAAGCUCUGAGACUCUGAGACUUGACUUCUUCCAUCCAAAUGACCUGUAUUAAACCCAGGCCCCCCAAAAGGGUUAAGUUUGCUGCCUGGAUUCAGAUCAGCCCUUCUCAGGGUUUACAUGUCACAUGAUCACCAUUCGGAAGGAGGGCUUUCUGCCCUCCCAGUGGCUGUAGCCACUUAAGUCGGGGCCUUCCAGAAGAGGGAUUCUUUCCUGAGUUCUAGCAGCCUAUAGGCCGCAGCUUGAACAUUCAGUCUGGAGGGAAAUUGAGAGUGUUAGGCAGCUGUUUAUUUUCUUUUUAACCUUUGCUUUGCUAAUGUGCUGAUCUGCAUUAACUCCUUGUGUUUGUGAAAGGGACUGCUUCUGCUUUGUGCCCCAGCAGCGCUUCUGAGGGCAUUCCUCUCUGCCAGCCUCGGGCUGGCCCUGAGCCUCAGGAAGCAGUGUUUCUCUCUGCCAAGUUGCCUGGUUUCCACGUCUUCCAAGCCAGAUGGGCAGUGCAGAGCCGGGGCAGGUGCUGGAAGCCAGAUGGACCUGUGUUUGGGCGGGAGGGGAAACUGUUCCCAUGGGAGAGGAAACUGUUCUCAUGGAGGGGAUCGGCCUCCUGGUCCGCUGGCAGCUCUCUGGGGCUGUCAGUGCAGUUCCUGGCUGCUUUAAGGUUUCCCCUUUGUGGUUCCUGAAGUGCCUUGUCUGCAGAAAACCUCUUAACUUUCUUUUCUCCUUCAGAGACUGUGAAUGACAGAGAGAAGGAGCUAGGGGUGAACUGGAAGUCUGGGGUUGCCUAAGUUACUGGUUCAUAAGAAAGAAUUUUAUUUGAGUAUACAUCUGAAGUUCUUUUUAUUGACUCAUUUUACCUCUCAGUUGAAAGAUUUCUUUUCUGAAAGGUCAAGAAAGACCAUGAACUGAAAAAAAGUGUUGGCUUUUUUGUGGGACCAGAUUUCUAAGAUAAAAAGAAAAUAAAUAUUUUUACUUCUGUCAA